AUGUGUCACAAACCCAUUGCCUCAUUACUCUUUCUUUUUUUAUGCCAAAACUAGAGGCGGCUUGUAUUUUAUUCAUAGCUUUCUGUUGUCCAAAUGCUCGCUCUGAUCUGUGACUAUAUAUAUAACACUUUAAUUUAUCGAUCUUCCCCAACGGACUUUUGAGUUUUGAGAGAGAGAGUGAGACAGAGAGACAGAUAUUGGGGAGAAUUAAGCUAAAAGAGAGGUUGAAAAAUGAUGAAGUUGAGGUCAAAGAAGUUUUGCAGAAGCAGCUCAAAGCUCAGUGGAGGUGGUAGUAGUAAUGGCAACAGCAACAGCAACAUGAAAUUAGGACGUGAAAGGCCUGGGUCUGAAGGCUUAGGGGAAAUCAAAUGGGAACUCCGACCUGGUGGCAUGCUUGUCCAAAUGAGAGACAUGACUGGCGAGAGUGUGGGAGAAGGGAUGAUCACAGUUAGGGUCUCAACUGUCUCAAAAUGGCAUGACAUUUCCAUUGAAGCCACUUCGAAUUUUGGAGAGUUGAAGAUGAUAUUGUCAUUGGUGACUGGUUUGGAGACGAGGGAGCAGAGGCUACUAUUCAAAGGGAAAGAGAGAGAGGAUGGUGAAUAUUUACACAUGGUUGGUGUUAGAGACAAGGACAAGGUGCUAUUGCUGGAAGAUCCAGCUACCAAGGAGAGGAAACUACUCUAUGGCUUGGCAGGGGGCCCAGCCAUUGGAACACCCUGCAGUUGUACCAUUAGUGUAUGAAAAUUGAAAUGAUUUUUCAUUAGUACUAACCCUAAAACCAAAAAAAUUGCAAAAAUUAUGCACAUCGAUCUUCUCAUGUGCAAGUUGCAAAUGGCUUACUAUGUUAAUAGAAAUGUUGAUUUCUGGAGUUAUAUCAAUCAUGUUGGUCUCCUCU